UCUGUCACGACCGCUGAACAUGCCUGGGCCGAAGACAAUACGCUGGGGAAUCCUAGCAACGGGGGGGGGUGGGGCGUUGCCAAAGCUUUCCUCGUUGGGCGUGGCCGUGUCUCUAAUGUAAUGCGAUUAGUGGUCGAGAUCUCUCAAUCGAUCCUAGCACACGAUCCGUCUCUGAUAUACGACACGAGCUUGUGGCUGCCGCAUCCUCAACUUCGAAAUCUAAAGCAGAAGAAUUCUUGCGUCACUGUGAUGCACCAAAACACGCCAAGGCUUAUGGAUCCUAUGCAGAUCUCGUUCAAGACCCUGAUGCUGAAG